UCUCUCUGGCCCUCGCUGGCUAGCCCGGCUAUUGUCGUGUUGAGACAACUCACGAAAAGCACGGCUGUUUUUAAGGAGUUUUCCACCGGCUUUUCUUGCCAUUUUAGGCUGAAUGGUCGCCCGAAAGUAUUUCAGCGUCGAUUUCUGACGGACUACAUGUGAGUUUUCUCACGGACGACUCACUUUGCGCUGCAGGCGGAGGAGUUCGUAGUGUUCGGCAUGGGACGGACAACUGAGAUUUGAUUGUGUGCUUGUGUCUCCCCCACUUUGGGACGAGAAAAUAACAAAAGGGAGGACAUCAAGACGCAUGUAGCUGGACUACGACGUUGCUGAGCUCGCUUGUAAAAAGGGUUGACGAUGGGUUGCGUCCGUAGCAAAGAAGACAAAGGCCCGGCACUAAAGUACCGACCAGAUAACGCCAGCAACACUCCAGUCAAUACCCACCUGGGCCACUAUGGUCCGGAGCCCACGCUAAUGGGCCACUCACCGGCAGCGAAGACACUCAACAACAGCUACAACAGUCACGCCUCUGCGCUCACACCUUUUGGCGGCGCGUCGUCAGCCAUGGCACCUUUUGGAGGAGCCUCCACCUCCUUCACUUCUGUGGCUGUGAGCAGUCCCUUUCCUGGUGUCGUCACAGGUGGCGUAACAUUCUUCGUGGCGCUCUAUGACUAUGAAGCCAGGACGUCAGACGAUCUGUCAUUCAAAAAAGGCGAUCGCUUUCAAAUUAUCAACAACACGGAAGGCGACUGGUGGGAGGCUCGUUCUAUUAACACGGGACAGAAGGGUUACAUCCCCAGCAACUACGUGGCCCCUGCUGACUCCAUACAAGCUGAAGAGUGGUAUUUUGGCAAAAUGGGACGCAAAGAUGCCGAGCGGCUUUUAUUACUUCCGGGUAACCAGCGAGGUACUUUCUUGGCACGAGAGAGUGAGACAACGAAGGGUGCCUAUUCUCUAUCUAUCCGCGACUGGGAUGAAGUCAAGGGGGACAAUGUGAAACACUACAAAAUCCGAAAGCUGGACAGUGGUGGUUACUACAUUACAACUCGGGCUCAGUUUGAGACGCUACAAAAGCUGGUGAAACACUAUACAGAACACGCCGACGGUUUGUGCUACAAGCUGACGACGGUGUGCCCCACCGUGAAGCCACAGACUCAGGGACUUGCCAAGGACGCAUGGGAGAUUCCUCGAGAGUCCCUGCGACUGGAAGUCAAGCUUGGCCAGGGAUGCUUUGGAGAGGUCUGGACGGGCACGUGGAACGGUACUACCAAGGUAGCCAUUAAAACCCUGAAGCCAGGUACGAUGUCCCCAGAGGCGUUUUUGCAGGAGGCCCAGAUUAUGAAGAAACUGCGACACGACAAGCUCGUGCCUCUCUACGCCGUUGUGUCGGAAGAACCCAUUUACAUUGUCACCGAGUUCAUGGGCAAAGGGAGUUUGCUGGACUUCUUAAAGGAGGGAGAUGGCAAAUACUUGAAGCUGCCCCAGCUGGUGGACAUGGCCGCGCAGAUUGCGGAUGGCAUGGCCUUCAUCGAGAGGAUGAACUACAUCCACAGGGACCUGCGAGCCGCCAACAUCCUGGUUGCUGACAACCUGGUGUGCAAGAUUGCCGACUUCGGCCUGGCACGGCUCAUAGAAGACAACGAGUACACGGCCAGACAAGGAGCAAAAUUCCCAAUCAAGUGGACGGCGCCAGAAGCAGCUCUAUACGGCCGCUUUACUAUCAAGUCAGACGUUUGGUCGUUUGGUAUACUACUGACUGAACUGGUCACCAAAGGCAGAGUGCCCUAUCCAGGUAUGGUGAACCGGGAGGUGCUGGAACAGGUGGAGCGUGGCUACCGCAUGCCGUGUCCUCAGGGCUGCCCAGAAUCUCUGCAUGAAAUGAUGCGCCAUUGCUGGAAGAAGGAGCCCGACGAGAGGCCGACCUUCGAGUACAUCCAGUCCUUCCUGGAGGAUUACUUUACGGCUACGGAACCCCAAUACCAGCCGGGGGACAACUUGUAGACUCACAAGAGCUUGGUUUGUAACCAUGCAGACUGGCCAUGACACUGUGAUCAAUACCAGAGUGGUUAGUCCUCAUUUCACAUUGAUGGCUACACUUUCAAGAUGCAAUGACGAUUUAUACUUUUUUUUUUUCCAACCCACAUUCCUCCGUUUCACAAUUUUUAAUGGUCAUUUUAUUCCGCGAAACAAAUUCUUUGAUAUUCAAGAGUCCAGAACUUUUCUAUGUGCAGUAGUUUGUUCUGAAUGUGCGUAGGCUGACGAGAUUUAUUAUUUUUUUUAUAUAAAUAUAUAUGUUGUGGAUGGAAUAGAUGGGAACGGAUGCAAGAAUGUACAAGAUGUACAGACAAAACUUGUAUUUUACAAGUGUGAUCAGGUGGACGAAAGAAUUUUUUUUAAUGCGAAAGCUUUUCGGAAUAAUUUCAGAGUGAUUUUAAACAAACCCAAGUGCAAAACAAAAGUUUAUUGGGAAAAAAAAAAUGGAUGAGCAGUUCCUGUGACCACCAUGUUGUAAUAUUUCAAUCUUUUUAUACCUAUCAUUGAGAUAUAUCAAUAAUUCCCAAGUGCUAAAGAGAAAAAUCCCUUAAUGAUUAGGAUGGACAUCUCAUGUGAGCGCCAUGUCUCAACAUUUCAUUCUCUUUUUAUUUUUUUAAAUACCUAUGAUUGGGAUAUUUAAUUCCCAAGUUCAGACAGAAAAAAUGUUUGUUUUUAUAUUGAUGUUGGACAUUUUCUGUGACACCUUUGUUGUAUUUUAUGUGAAAGAGUCAACAUUUCAAUCUUUUUUCAAAUCCUAAAAGUGAGAUAUUUUAAUAAUGUCUGAAUGCAAAGAUUUUUUAUGUGUGUUUAGGAGGGAAAUUUUCUGUGAUCAGUGUUUUAGGUCUCUCAAAAACUCAAUAUUUCUGAUAUUCUGUGUGUUUUUCAUUAAGACAGAAUUUUUUUCCCAUGUUCUGAAAUCUGAAUAGACAUUUCCUGUGACAUAAUUUUUGUUUUUGGUUACCUGUCACUGUUUUUUUCCAUCAUUAAGUUUUAAGUUGUCACAGUGUAACUUUAUUCAUGCCCAAAUGUGUUUGAAAAAAGUUAUGUAAGAUAUGGGCAUUUGUUUAAUUUUAGUCGUAUCUCUCUUAAUUUUUUUGUUCAUCUUGGGGUGUGGGGAACUGGGAGAUUUUUUUUUUUAAUAUAUCUCCUAAGUAAGCCUGAACGAUAUAUCGUUUAAACAUCGCCAUCGCGAUGUGCGCAUACGCGAUAGUCCCAUUGCAAGGACGUGUGGUAGUUUAAAAAAAAAAAAAAAAUUCCAAUCCACAAACCUUUGUUCUGCUUCACUCGCUCCUACAGCCUCUCUCACCCCCUUUCCCUGCUCUCAGUCACUGCGGCACUUGCUUAUUAAAGUUAACGAUGGCUUUGAUCUGGCCAAAGAAGCCGAGCAGCAAUCUGUCAAUCAUCGCUUAACUUGUUAAACAGUUUCUGCAAGGAAGCGCGGGCUGGAAUGAAUGUGUGUGUGGGGGGGCGUUUCGAUACAUAUCAAAUAAACGCCAGAAGUGAUUAUGAGGAGUUUGUAAUGUCACUCCAAGAGUCACAGCCAUGUUAGGUAAACAGAAGCAUGUAAUAAAGCCAAGCAUUUUUCUAUUACAGUACUUUAUUCUUGUUUUAAAAUGAUUCAGUGGGACAUUUAUGUUAAAAACUGAUCAUAAUUAUUACAUUUGGAGUUCUUAAAAAGCAUUUAUUAAAAUAUGUAUAUAUAUAUAAAUUUUUUAAAUCAUAAUUUGGGGGGAAAAAGUGAGGAAAAAACAUGUCUUAAUGUAUCUCUUUCCAGUGCUAGAUCUGAAUAAAUACAUUGAGCAGACACACAAAAAAAAAAUUGGGGUGGGGGGCGUGGGGGGUAUGCGCUACUUCGCGGUGUUUCACUUAUCGCGGUGGGUUUUGGUCCCUAUUAACCGCAAAAAACGAUGGAAUAGUGUACACUGUGGUCAUGAUGAGUCAUCCAAAGUCUUUCCAAACAGCUAUUCAAGUCAUCUAGGAAAAGAUUUAAAAAAUUUAAAAAAAUCUUUUUUAAUAUCGCAAUAUAAUAUCGCAAUAUAUCGCAAACCCCCAAAAAAUCGCAGCAAUAGUUUUUUUCCAAUAUCGUUCAGGCCUACUCCUAAGUGCUUUUUUUUUUUUCAAUGGUAUUUUUAAUGCCCUAGUUCAUUUUGUUUUUAUUAUGUUUUUAAUAUGUUCAUGUUAUUUUCAAUCACGUCUAAGUGCAAUUUUUUUUUUUCUUCCUCGUUUAGAUUUGAUACGGGCAUUUCGUCUGAACGUAGAUUUUUAAGUUUCUAUCAAAAUCUCAGACAUAUGUGACAUGUUUUCAAUGGAAGUUCACUUAACACAAAUACCAUACUAGCAAGGGCGUAGGUUUGCAUAGGGACUGUAGGGACAUGACACUACCAACUUUUCAGGAUGCUCAAAUUGUGCCCACCAACUUUUAAGCAGCCUUAUUUGCAUUAUUUAAAGAGUUCAGUUUGUCUUCCCAUAUGUUGUAAUGGUAGAAUAGACCCUACCAUUAUUAAGUGAAUUGUUUUCAUUAUAUUCAGACUUACACUUAUCCAUUUUACUUGCAGACUGUACUGGUCCAUUUUUUUCCCUCCCUCUAACGAAUGUUUGGUUGCCUCCUUCCCGCCCCAAAAACACACAUACUCAUAUAGCCCCAAUAGAUUCAUGUCAACAAUAUGCCACCUUUUCCAUAUUAAAUAUUAGAAGUUUUUUUGUUUUUCUGUAAUGCAUGUAAAAAGACAAUGUUGUGGAAGUGGGGGAAACACCACUAAUUUUGCUACUGAAAGUCCGAUCUGCAUCCACGUUAGCAUAACAUUGCUUGCUAACUAGUGAAACUACUGCAGUCAGGCCAGCCUCCACAAGAAACAACGAAGUCAAGCUAGCCGUCCCUUAUUUGGAUCAUUGUUUGCAUUAUGUGUGUUACGGUGAAAUUGUUCCUACCAAUGUUGAGACCAAACCUACGCCCUAGCUUAUAAGGUGAUUUAUUGUCAUAGCUAAUGUAAACAGGAAGGGGUUACUUCAAUUUAUCAUCAGUUUGUGUGUGUAUGUGUGUGUUAAUACCACAAAACCUCAAGAAAAACUCCACCUCUCCCCCCAAAAAACUUUUAUUCCCCCAUAACUAUGCUGUAAUUUUCAGUGAUGCAUGAUGGGAAAAUAGUGUACGAAAAAGCCAGCGGUUCUGAAAAGAUGUGAACUUUUUAUUGUUUUGAACAAAUUUGUUUUGCUGUGGAGAACCCAAAAUGUGAUUGUUCCUAAAUGUAGGACUGAAACCAGUGGGGAGAAAAAUGUAAACUAAUGCGGGGGUUUUGUACAGGAAAAAAAAUAAAAGCUAUACCGGAAACGUUAAAUGCUGAAAGUUUCUACUGUAAAUCUAAUGUCUAGCUAUUGUGAAAAUUGCAUUUUGCAUGAUAUUCUGUCAACUAGGCAUGUGCCAGUUACCAGUUUUAAGGUUUACCGUGGUAUUAAAACGUCACGGUUUCAAAACUACUAAAAUUUUCCGUCAUACCAUAGUACGGUAUAAGCUAUUUUUUAAUGUCCCAAAAAUGCAGCGAGAAUUGGCUUGGAGUGGCAGCACUCACCCCGCCGGUUGUUGCUUUGUCCUUUGUGCCAGUGACACUGCUGUCGCUGUCAAAACUACACCUGAGCUUUUUCAAAACCCCCUCAAAAAAGUCUGGAAUGGGAGUAUUUCGGCUACUAAAAAGAAA